AUGAAUACUUUGACAUUUUUGGCAAUAUUUGCAACCCUACUAGCACUAGCUCUUGGUGUCAAAGACAGUAUGAUGAGGAAAAGUAUAGUUUUUGAUAAAAACACGCCAGAUGUCUUCUAUUGCCCUAUUCACAAGCCUUCUGGAAUGGAUAAACUAAUUGUAAAAGCUAAACCGUUGAAAAAACUAUGCGAAUUCGAGGGUAGACCAAUUCCUGAAGACUACAAAAGCGAUUGUUAUCAAGAUGUAGAUGAAAGUAGUUAUGCUUGCAAGGAAAAAUACAGAAUAAUGAUGAGAAUGCAUCCUCCUGGCACAGAAGAGCCUAUGGUCGAAAAAGAAAUGAAGCAAAUGAAAAGGCUGGCAAGAUUUAUUGAUGUCGAUAAGGAAUAUUACGAAAUGAAAAUGGAGAAAACUGUUUCGAAACCGAAGAGAAGAUUAACCAAUCGUCUUGGAUAA